AUGGUCCUCCUGCUGGUCAUCCUCAUCCCGGUUCUGGUCAACUCAGCGGGGACCUCAGCCCACUACGAGAUGCUUGGCACCUGCCGCAUGGUGUGCGACCCCUAUGGGACCAAACCCCCCAGCACUGCCACCGCGGAGACUGUGCGGGACCACAGCCUCCUCCAGUCCCUACCUACCUUCAUCCAAGGAGCCAAGGGGGAAUCUGGGCGGCCAGGGAAGGCUGGGCCAAGGGGACCACCGGGGGAGCCGGGACCUCCGGGACCUAUGGGGCCACCGGGUGAUAAAGGGGAGCCGGGAAGACCGGGGCUGCCGGGGGCACCGGGUACUCCGGGCUUAAAUGCCGCCGGUGCCAUCAGCGCAGCUACUUACACCACCGUGCCCAAGAUCGCCUUCUAUGCCGGGCUCAAGAGGCAGCAUGAGGGCUACGAGCUGCUCAAGUUCGACGAUGUGGUCACCAACCUGGGCAAUCACUAUGACCCGACCACCGGCAAGUUCACCUGCUCCAUCCCUGGCAUUUACUUCUUCACCUACCAUGUCCUAAUGAGGGGGGGAGAUGGCACCAGCAUGUGGGCUGACCUCUGUAAGAACAACCAGGUCCGAGCCAGCGCCAUCGCUCAGGACGCAGACCAGAACUACGACUAUGCCAGCAACAGCGUGGUCCUACAUCUAGAGCCGGGUGACGAGGUCUAUAUCAAGCUGGAUGGUGGAAAAGCCCACGGGGGCAAUAAUAACAAAUAUAGCACAUUCUCUGGAUUUAUCAUCUAUGCCGACUGAGGAUACCUCAAUUUCUGGAAUAAACUAUUUGACUAUUUUGACCUUCUGCAGGCCCUGUUGUGAUGAACUCCAUGGGCUGCUGACUAUAGUGGCGAAAAAAGACGCUUAAUCAAUAUGGGGACCAUGCGCACUCUGGAGAUCCACUGCUACCUGAGUAACGCCUCGAAAGACAUCAAAAUAUCCAAUCCAAUAUAUCCAUAUAUGUUGUACAAGUUACACAGAUGUGUCACCCUUCCUUACCGCCAAAGCCAAAUUUCCUUGUGUGUGCCUGUGUGAAUGAAAUCCUACACAGUAAAGUUUUUGUAUAUAUAAAAAAAAAGACCAAAAAAAAAUAAAAUCCCCCCCAAGUAUAUAUCAAUCUAUAUCCUAUAUCUUCGCUGUUAUAGUCAUCUGUCAGCUUUGAACUUUUGGACCUGCCUGCCAUUGGUGAUGCUUGGAGUGGACUAGGUGUAUGGUGGAAGAAUGGUCUUCCGGCUCUGUUCUGCAAUAAUAAGAGAUGCUGGAUGAUUGGAUGGUGGUGUGUUAGCUUCAGAGACUAUACCUAAUAUAAGCACAGUAACAACUCUGAAUAGCGGUGGGAAAAAAAAAAUUAUGAAAAUGAAAAAUACUUAAACCUGAAAAAAAGAUGGUAUAUUGGUUGCACAUAAAACCAUGAAACUAUUGUAUAUUCUGUCAGACUUAUUUUAAAAUGCAUAUAUAAAUGAAAUUAAAAGUGGCUAAAUUUGUUCAUAUAAAGUUUAUAUUUAAUACCGAA